CAUUUAUUUACUCUCUUCUUUUCUUUUUCUUCUCAAAGUCUGAGCCUAAGCAAUCAAUCAAUUUCAAGCAGAGAAAGAAAGAGAGAGAGACAGACAGACAGACAGCAAUGGAGGAUCUGCCCUCCGGUUACCGUCCCAACGUCGGCGUUUGCCUCAUUAACUCCGAUAAUCUGAUUUUUGUUGGAUCAAGAUUGAAUGUUCCCGGAGCAUGGCAGAUGCCUCAGGGCGGUAUUGAAGAUGGCGAAGAACCCAAAUCAGCAGCUGUUAGGGAACUACGAGAAGAGACUGGGGUAGUGUCUGCUGAAAUUAUAGCUGAGGUUCCAAAUUGGUUGACAUAUGACUUCCCACCUGCCGUGAAGACCAAAGUUAAUCGUCUCUGGGGAGGUGAAUGGCAUGGGCAAGCACAAAAAUGGUUUCUUAUGAGAUUCACAAAUGAUGAGAGUGAGAUCAACUUAGCUACUGGGGAAGCUGAUGCAGAGUUUGCAGAGUGGAAAUGGGCGAGCCCUGAAGAAGUUAUCGAGCAGGCAGUGGACUACAAGAGGCCAACAUAUGAGGAAGUUAUGAAGACCUUCAAGUCGUACUUGGACGGAAGUGGAUUAUCUGCAAAAUGUAAAUCAACAAAAUGGUGAAUCUUCUGGGUGUGGUUGUGUAGUUAUAAGUCCAUCUUCUUGAACUCGUUUUACCAGUACUGAAAUUUGGAUCAAGUAAAGUAGGAUUCUUGCUUUUUGUAAAUGAGAAUGAGAGAACUUUAAGUUAGAUCUUUGCAUUGUUCGUAAGUUGCAACAAUAAAGUCUUUGUGGAAUGACUUACUUCUCUCCACUCUCCAGCGGGUUUUGCCUAGAAUGGCGAUUGUAGAGUGUAUCAAAUUUAAAUGGAAAAAAUGCCGAAAAAGGUUUUUUGCCCUUUGAA